GCUUAUCCAUUUCAACUUUGCAGAAACAGGUAUACGCAUAUUAAACCAGACCUGUACAACAGAACGGGCACCAUGAGAGCAAACACAGUGGCUCUGGCCCUCGCAGCUUCAGCGCUCGCGGCGUCCGCGUCUCCACCAGUACGCGUAAGUCUCGAGACAAGCUGGGCAGCUCCCCCUUUGGUCCUCGAGAUCCUCGAAACUGUGUAUGACGAAUACCCCUCAUCCUACUUCCCGCUCCUUCAUCUUUUAUCCUCUCUUCCUGCAGACUCUACAGAUGAGUCCAUAUUAUCCUCGACGCUGGACCUCAUUCAAGCCUAUUCGCUUCUUCCUUCGCCAUCAUCACUAUCUACUUUCCACCUUGCCUUGUCCCUGCACUCCACAGCACCUAGAAUAGAAGCCGAAUACAACUGGUACAACAGCGCCGUAAAGGGACAGGAAAGUAAGUUGGGAGUGGAAGGUUGCGAAGGUUGGGUUGAAUGGCGAGGGAAAGGGUUCUGUGAUGUUGACGGGUUAAAACGGGACAUGGAACUGAGUAUUGAGGAAGGAACACAUAAAAUAAACCAGAAACCUCUUUCACUUCCUUUCGAUCACACUUCUCCGUCGGUCUCUUCCACCUCAUCAUCUCCUCGGGCCAUAUUCUACUACGCCCCAUUCGCUUCUACUUCCAAUGAACUCCUUGGAUACCUGGAUCACCAUGCGUCUCAAUAUCCAGAGUUCACUUAUACCGUCCGUUACCAGCCCCCUUUGUCGGAUGAGGCCAAAAAACCUUUGUCUCUCUCAGGAUGGGGCGCGGAGAUGGCCCUUAAGAAGAUGGAUUAUCUCGUUGUCGAUGACCGUGCUACUGGGGAGACCACUUUCCGAGAUGAAAGCGAUGAGGUGGCUCGGAAUGAAAGUAACAUAUUUGCUCACGUAUUUGGGGAUGACCCGUGGGGUGAUCAAGCAACGCAUUUGACAGCAGCAGAGAUCAGAGACAUUGGUCUCAAGGCUGCUACUCUUAUUAUGUCUUCAGAUGACCCUAUUUCUGCCCUGAUUCAUCUCUCGCAAGAUUUUCCCAAGUAUUCGGCUGCCCUCGCUCGUCAAGUUGAGGUACCAGAGGAUAUCCAAUCAAAGGGCAGGACAAUUGCUGUCAGAGGAAACGCGAAAGAAGCUAUAUAUAUUAAUGGUAAGCCAUUUGACAGGGAUUUGAAUCCGUAUACUCUUCUGAAAGCCCUUCGUGAUGAGCGCCAGCUCACGGUUUCCCUCACUUCCUUGGGUCUUACCCCUAAGCAAUCCAUUGACAUACUGGGGGAUCCCGUCGUUGGCCAAGGCCAGAUUGAAGAUGACAUGGGAGAAGGUUUGGUAGACGCAAGUGAUAGAAUCGAGGGUGGCGACGUCAUUGUUUACUGGAAUGACAUUGAGAAAGACAAAAGAUAUCAAAAUUGGCCUAUUCAUCCUCAGGGGUACAUGCGCCCUUUGUAUCAUGGUCAGUUCCAUACCGUCAGGCGGAAUACAUUCAAUCUCAUUUUCGCCCUGGACCUCUCGCGAAUCUCGUCCCUUGAGCUCAUUGUCCACUCCAUCUCUGCCAUGAUUCAGAGAGGUUUGCCUAUCCGAUUUGGUAUAGUACCUGUUUUUGAGCCUGAACAGCAAGAUGACAUCUCUUUUCAGAUGGCCAAAGUCUUCUGGUACUCUGUCAAGACCUUUGGAAGAAGCUCAACCCGGGACUUCCUCGCUGCGAUCAUCGACGCAACUCCGCGCCAGCUCAACAAUCCUGCUCCUCAAGUAAAUGAUGAUGUUCUCCGUAAAGGGUAUGAAGCCCUUUCCGCGACUUCUAAAAAGGCAUCUCUAGCCUUUGAUGAUGUUUUGACCUCUGAAGAUUGGGAUCGCCAUGUCGAGAAGACUGGGAAUUAUUUGAAGAGGUUGUUAAUUACGAAAAAAGACGCAGAGAAUGGCGGUAUGUUCAUGAACGGGAGGUUUACGCCUAAUGCGCCUGCCUGGCCCAACAUUGUUACGCAAGAGAUGCAAUCGCAGCUCGCAUUCAUCCAAGGACAGGUCAUGUUGGAUGCAAUCCCCGAAGACAUCUCAACCAUGUUCUAUGAUUUGCCAUCCACCUCUAAGAGGAGGAGCAGCCUCGUUAUUCCAGUUGGCGACAACAAGCUCAAAGUCUUCAAUUUGGUCGAUCUCUUUAAAAAUGAGGGGAUUGAAGGCAAAUUGAGCGGAGAGUUUGUCUAUCCCGAUGGAGAAAGAGGAACGCCGAUCAGUAUGUGGAUUAUAGGAGAUCUUGAUUCCCCUGAAGGUUUGGAGACUGUCAAGAACGGCCUACAGCACCUCCAAACUUCGCAAUGUGCUUCCAGGCUCGGCUUCAUUCAUGUACCCCCGGCACGUAGCCAUUCUUCUUGCCCCGCGGGCCAAUAUUGCUUCUCAACUGUGCUUUACCAGAUCCUUUCCCAAAACGCACUCUCUUUGACCAAACCUUCUGAUCUCCUGGAGCUCAUAUCAGAUGUCCAGCACUCUAUUAAGACAAAUUUGGAAAAAGCUGGCGAAAUUGAGGUUGGUAACCAAGGGGUGGAUGACUGUGGAACGACAUUCACAUUGUCUCCCGAGGAUCAACAGAAGUACUUCGAGGCUAAACCUUUGCACGGUAUGACGUUUGGCGGUUGGGCUGCUGGAGAUAUAGCUGCAGCUAGCGAAUUCUGGAAAGCUGGGACGCAAAUCUCCGGAAAGCUUGGCAUCACGGACGGUGUACACCUGCUUGCUAAUGGUCGACUUGUCGGUCCCAUCACUCCAGUGACAUUCCCGCUUGAUGACUUCGAAGCUUUGGAGGUGUACGAACACAGGAAACGUGUCAAGCCUAUCAUUGAUAUUCUUAAGACGAUGUACGAUGAUAUUGCUGCCUUUGACAGACCAACAUUGGCAAACCUUAUCUCCAAAGUCUCUUCUGUAGUCACCUCGGCGUAUAAGCCUCUUGAUGGUGAGGGAAUCUUUGCACCUACCCAAUUGACUAGGACGAGGUAUUAUGAGAGACUUGACGAUGGAUCCAUGUCAUUCAAGCUCGGGGAUGAGGACAUGUCCUUGUUGAAGGUGGCAAUUGUUGUGAACCCAUUAUCCGAGCAAGCUCAAAAGUGGUCACCUCUCAUCCAGACUUUGUCUGAAAUGGAGCACGUCUUUGUGUCUGUAUAUCUAGAGCCUGAGGCGCUAAUGGAGGAGGUCAAGUUGAAGAGGUUCUAUCGUACUUCUGUACCUUCCAGGUUGACCUUUGAUGUCGACGGUGCUGCCAUAGCUCCUGGUCUGACAUUCAACAGCCUUCCUUCCAACCCUAUCUAUACUCUUGGUCUCGACACUCCGCCGUCCUGGAUCGUCUCACCCAGGACUUCACCAUAUGAUCUGGACAAUCUUCUCCUCUCCUCCAUCUCGUCACCUGUCUCUGUCACCUUCCAGCUCAAGCAACUUUUGAUUGAGGGCCACGCUCGAGAGGCAGGCAAUAUUCCUCCUCGCGGUCUUCAGCUACAGCUCAAAACCCUUGGUGGAGAUAUCGCUGCCGAUACGCAAGUGAUGGCUAACCUCGGUUACUUACAAUUCCGCGCCACGCCUGGUUACUAUACUUUGUCGAUCAGACCGGGCAGAGGUGAAGAAGUCUUCAACCUUGAGAGCAUUGGUGCUGAGGGUUGGGAUAGUCCGUCGGUUGAGGAAGUCGGAGAAGGUGUCGACCUGGGAAGCUUUGAUGGACAGACGAUAUACCCAAGGUUCGCAAGAAAAGAGGGUAUGGAGAAAGCCGACGUCCUUCAAGAGUCAGUUGCUGCUCCGGAAGGAUUGGCGAAACAAGUUUAUUCAAAGAUGAAGUCUAUCGUUGGAUUGUCAACAAAGGCUACGCCCGCUAAGACUGAGCAUGCCGAUAUUAACAUUUUCACUGUUGCGUCUGGUCUUUUGUACGAGCGUUUUGCGUCAAUCAUGAUUCUUAGUGUCAUGAAGCACACCAAUAGCUCUGUCAAAUUUUGGUUUAUCGAAAACUUCCUUUCCCCAACUUUCAUUGCGUUUAUCCCUAAGCUUGCCGAGGAAUAUGGCUUUCAAUACGAGUUCGUGACUUACAAGUGGCCACAUUGGCUGCGAGCUCAGACAGAGAAACAACGUAUCAUUUGGGCAUACAAGAUCCUUUUCCUCGAUGUCCUUUUCCCCAUGUCUCUUGACAAAGUCAUCUUUGUGGAUGCCGACCAGAUUGUUCGUACUGACAUGAAGGAGCUAAUGGAUGUCGAUUUGCAUGGAAGGGUCUACGGCUAUGCGCCUAUGGGUAACAGCCGAAAGGAGAUGGAAGGUUUCAGAUUCUGGAAGAGCGGAUAUUGGAAGGAAGCGCUGAGAGGAAGACCGUACCAUAUCAGUGCUUUGUAUGUUGUUGAUCUUAAAAAGUUCAGGCAGCUCGCUACGGGAGAUCGACUUCGAGGGCAAUACCAUGCACUUUCAGCCGAUCCUAAUUCACUUGCCAACCUGGACCAAGAUCUUCCCAAUUCAAUGCAGGAUCAAAUCCCUAUAUGGACAUUGGAUCAAGACUGGUUGUGGUGCCAAACUUGGUGCAGCGAUGAAAGUUUGGCCACGGCGAAGACUAUCGACCUUUGUCAAAACCCUCUUACUAAAGAACCCAAGCUUGUUCGUGCUCGACAGAUUCCAGAAUGGGACGUCUACGACCAAGAAAUUGCCGCGUUCGGUGCUCGGGUGUCAGAGGAGGGUGAAGAAAGCGGAGCUUUGGCUAUCAGCGUGGAUGAUUUGGCGUCAGAAGGCUAUGUUUCUGGGGUCGAAGGGAAAGAAGAGGAGACAGAGCGUGAAGCUGAAGGACGUAUUGGGGAUGAGUUGUGAUCUAUUAUAACUGACUAAAUAGACAAAUAACACAAAAUCAAAUGCAUUAUUUGUUUCUCAGG